AUGGACGCCAAACUCCGCUCGUUAAUAUCGAAAGUGAAGAAAGAGCAUGACGAUGAUGCUGUCGACCGAUGCAUCUACGCUACCACCGUCUACAUCUUGGGCUUCUUUGCCGUUCUCAUUAUGGCACGGCAGUACGUGGGAGAGCCGUUACAGUGCUGGGUACCCGCUGAGUACACGGUAGGGGUUUGAGGUUGAUAUAUGUUUAUAUGAUGUAAUAGGUAACUCGAUGUUAUAUACAUAUUUAACUAAUGUUUAGUAGGGAAACAUCUUAGAAGAAGGUAUACUUACACAUAAAGUACAUUUUAUAACAUAGGUAUGGGUAAUGGUGUAUAACAUAGAGUAAUAUUGUUUUAGGGUGCAUGGGAGCAAUAUAUAGAGAACUACUGCUUCGUGGAGAAUACUUACUUUGCCAAUAAUACUGUACCAGACAACAAAUUGAGUAGAAGAAAGUACGAGCUAAAGUACUAUCAAUGGAUACCGUAUCUGCUCAGUAUUCAAGCUCUGAUAUGUUAUGCUCCGAAGUUGAUUUUCAAGUUGUUAUACUCACUUAGUGGUUUGUAUAUUUUAGCUAGACUAAAUUUAGAUUAAAUUUCUUGAUUAGAACAGACACAUAUGUAUACAUUUAGCUAUUAGGGCUAAUAUAUAAAUUUCAGACCUCCGCGUCACCGACAUCGUGCAAGUAGCCUACAAAGAGUGCAAACAAGUCGUUGGGCCUGGAGUGGAGAAGAAGAUCGCGCUACAACUCCUGGAGAAGAGCCAGCUUAAGGGUAGACUGUUUUAUUACCAUUCCAUACCUAGACUUAAAUUUUUUCGAAUUUUAGUACAAUUACACUUCAAUUGGUACUUGACUGCUAUCUACCUCCUCAUGAAGGUUUUAUUCAUCGUCGCGCUACUGGGCCAGCUUCUUAUGAUGAACUACUUUGUCGCUGGCAACAACUUCUUGUGGGGAUUCGAAGUGCUCAGCCAGCUGUUCCAAGGAGGCGAUUGGAGGACUACUGGAGCGUUUCCUAGGGUUGGUAUACUAUAAUAUUCGUAUCUUUUAUGUCUAUGUAUAUAUGGACUCGUAUAUAUAGUGAUACAUACAAUAUAUAUGGGACUUAUAAGUAUUAAGCUUAUCAAUCUUUUAGGUAACCUUCUGUGAUCUCCGUACUAGAGAUCUAGGCCAGUUCAGAGAGCAUACUGUGCAAUGUGUGUUGAUGAUCAACAUGUUUGCCGAGAAGAUAUACAUUUUCUUAUGGCUUUGGUCUAUGGUACUCUUGGCUGUAGCUAUUUUGAAUUUGUUUGCCUGGAUCUACAGAACGUUCUCUUCAGCUUCUAAAGUACGAAUGGUGAAGGAUGCUCUAAAGGUAUGAAUAAAGUAGUAUAGUUUAUGUUAUAGUAUCAUAUUUACUACUGAUAUAAAGUCGUUCAAAAACCUGUUCUACAGUAAGAUAUGUUAGUCAUACUUUACAUUACUACGAAUGCUUUGUAGCUUCACCACGAAAAGCCGUCGACAGCCAAUGUGCAGAAGUUUAUCCAAAGGUUUCUGAAGCUGGAUGGCAUGACGGUGUUACGUCUGAUCGACUCGAAUGCUGGCUAUGUUAACAUGGCUGACAUUUUGUGUGAGCUGUGGAUGAAUUACGGUAAAAAGAACGAUCGUCUGACGCCAAGUAGGUGAAUACUGUAGAUUACUGUAAUUUUAGGCCCAAUACCGGAGAAGAAACAACUCGAGUAA